CUAACUCACGAUAAGGUUACAAAUUGCAUUAUAUUCUUUUCCCAACUUGCAGUUGAUCUGUACAAUCGUUCUCAAUUGCAUUAUAAGAAGUUCUUCCAUCUCCCUCUCCACCAGCUCCGACCGCCCUCUACCGCCACUGCUGCCACCAAAGCAUCUAUGGAAGUGGAAGGCCGCAAGGUUGAAAUAUUUUUCUUCCCAUUUGUUGGGGGAGGCCAUUUGAUCCCAAUGAUUGAUCUCGCUAGGCUCUUCGCAUCCCACGGCGUCAAAGCCACCGUAAUCACCAUCCCAAACGACAUCACUGUCUUCCAAAAAUCCAUAGACAGAGAUCAACAAACUGGCCUUGACAUCAACUUCCAUGCCCUCGAACUGCCUGCCGAUGCCACCCUCCAAAACGUCGACAUGUCAGCUCCGCCAAUGACCGAUACCUCAAUUCUCCAAGAACCUUUCAAGCAACUCCUAAUCCAUCGCCGCCCCGACUGUGUUGUAACUGACACCUUCCACCGCUGGGUGGCGGACGUAAUUGAUGUAAUUGGAAUUCCUAGAAUCAUCUUCAAUGGUAAUUGCUGUUUUGCUCGGUGUUGUGAUGAGAAUAUUAAACGAUUCUCGCCACAUAAAGAGGUGGCAUCGGAUAUGGAGCUUUUUGUCGUGCCGGGCCUCCCGGAUAAGAUUGAACUGACAAGGUCUCAGCUCCCGAUCUUCGUCCGAACUGGAACUGAGUUUCCGGGGAAGUCCAUGAGAGCUGAACAGAACAGUUUCGGACAGGUUGUUAAUAGUUUCUAUGCUUUAGAACCAGCCUAUGUUGAUUAUUACAGAAAUGUAAUUGGUAAGAAGACUUGGCUCGUCGGACCCGUGUCACUAUGUAACCGUAAUCUUGAAGACAAGGCGGCAAGAGGCCAAAAGGCCACCAUUGACGAGAAUAGUUGCUUGAACUGGCUUGAUUCAAAGAAACCUAAUUCAGUUUUGUACGUAAGUUUUGGCAGUUUAGCUCGAUUAAGCCCUACACAGCUUUAUGAGAUUGCUUGUGGUCUUGAAUCAGCAGGGCACCCUUUUAUUUGGGUGGUUGGAAAAAUUUUGGAUGAUAAGGACAAAGAGAAUUGUUUUCCAGAUGGAUUCGAAGAGAGAAUUUUGGAUUCCAAAAUGGGUUUGAUAAUCAAAGGAUGGGCACCGCAAUUGUUGAUCUUGGAACAUGAGUCUAUUGGUGGAUUUAUGACUCAUUGUGGAUGGAAUUCGACUUUGGAGGGUGUUUGUGCUGGUUUGCCUAUGAUCACAUGGCCGCUGUCGGCAGAGCAGUUUUACAACGAGAAGUUGGUGACCGAGGUGUUGAAGAUUGGAAUUCGGGUGGGAAGUGAGGAGUGGGCGUCCUGGAAUAUGGAGAGAAAGAUAGUGGUGGGGAAGGACAAGGUGAAGGCGGCGGUUGUGAGGUUAAUGGGUGGCGGCGUUGAGACGGUUGAGAUGAUGCGGCGAGCCAAAGUGUUGGCGGAGGAGGCUAAGAGAGCGGUUGAAGUUGGUGGCUCUUCAUUUAAUGAUGUUGAUGCUUUAAUUAAUGACAUCAAUAAUUAAUUAAUGACAUCAAUAAUUAUGGGAGUUGAUAAUAUUCGAGAGUCCCAACUCUCAAGUCCGUUGUAUUUUUUUUUUUUAUUUUUUUUUUGCUUUUUGCUUGAUUUCUCAAAUGUAUUGGCUAUAGACUUGGUCUAUCUAUCUUUGAAAUUUAUAAUUUGAACAUAUCAUUUAAUUAA